AUGGUAGUCAACUCAGUUCGCAUUACGCCUGCCGGCGCUACAGUGGCUAAUUCAUCCGGUGACAUCGGUUCCAUAGAUCGUCAGCAUUCAUUCUAUCGUACUUACCCAUACCCGUUCUUUACGUACUCUUCUGGUUUCAACCCGUACGGGAUUCCAUUCGGACCGGCACUGGUAGAAUCUCCAUACCCGGUCCAUCCGGCAGCCACUGUUAUGGCCCAGCAGUACAGCCCAAAGUACGGCCAACCAAGUGAGUCCGGCUACGAUGGGAGUGACGGCAUCGGUUACGGUUCAUCAUAUGGGCCUCCAGGACCCCCUCAUCCGUCGGGUGGAGCAGUAUACGAAUAUCAUGCACCACCGGCACCACCGUCUGUUUCACAUCCACACCCAGUUCCCUUCCAGUUCCGUGCUUCCAAACCGAAGAAGGGAAAAGGAGCCGCACUUUCCGCAUUAACGUUGCUGGCAUUUCUGUAUUUUCUUAAUAUGCUGCAAAGCUGCCUGAAAGAGCACAUGGACACAAUGAAUCCAACGGUUAUGGUGAUGACUGCUGGAGCGACGCGUCGAAAGGAUGCCGAUGAAGUGACGUUAACAGAAUCUGAUGAAAAGGUCGGAGAGUACGAUGCACCUGGCGAAGUAGAUUUUACGGAUGACAGAUUUCAUCUAGUGACCAAAUCUCCAGGAGGUUUCAGCUCUUUCGUUAAUGACAAACCCGUGCGAAAGUACAAGUUUCGCAAAUCUAAUUCAGAUGAUGAGCAGUGA